AUGCAUGCCACGGCGGCACUCCUGGUGCUCUUAUCGGCCUGUCUGAUCGAGCCAGGUGCUGCAAGGCUCUGCAACAACAAGGACAUCUCCAGCAAGGACGUGUCUGGAUGCGACUGUCAGAGUGGCCCGACGGGUUGCUCCCAAUCCUGCACAUACUGCCCUUCCGAUCCCAUCUACGAGACAAAGCAAAUCAAAGACUGCAAAAGCGGUUGUACAGAUUCCGAAACAAACUGCACCGGUUGUGGCCUUUACUUCCGCACCGUCUGCAACUGCGUAAAACAUGGCUGCCCCAACAGCGCCGGCGGCGCCAUUACGCCCGGCCCGGCGCCGGUAUGGGUUUACGAGAGCACCAGCGACCCUCUCAUAACCACGACGGAGUUCCUGCCCGGCAUCCUCCAGAUGCGUGCCAGUCACGAACGAGGCUGGACCUAUGCACAGGAAUGGUACAAGCCGGCGUAUCAGGCCCUAUUCCUAAACUCGGCUCGGUCGAGGAAGAUGGAACACAUCCACAUCCACGUCUGCAAGAAUCGCAACCUCGACACGGCGAACCACCUCUCCGACGAGGAUAUCAAGAGCUCGAGCCGUCUCGUGCAGACCGUCAAAGACCCGGAGCUGUACUGUCUGGGCGUGAACCACAGCGUCACGAUAUCCAACUUUGCGGGCGCCCUUUCCAACUUCCUGGCUAACCCGCCGUCUCAAACGCCGCCGAUAUGCAAGGACCUGGUGGGCGCGGGGAUUCUGCAGGAUCAUCAUGAUCGGACCUGGGCGUGCGCCACGACGCAUCGAAAAGGUCCCGAGGAAAAGUUUUGUCAAUAA